AUGACCGUCGUUCGUAUCGGCAUCACCACUGACUGGACAUGCGCCAUCCUGCCGUGGUUCAACAUCCGCCGGCUGCAGAUGCCCAUCCGUGCGAAAGUCCUAGUCAUGACGAUCCUGAGCCUAGGCGCCAUCGCCAGCAGCGCCACUAUUGUGCGCGCUCCCUAUCUCAAUAUUACCUCGCCGAAACCGAUAUUCUGUACUGGAACGGCUAGAUCCUCCUUUGAAGUCAAAUCGAAUGUGGCCUUGGCCUCAUUGCCGCUGCUUUGCCGGCCCUCCGAUUUCACGUCAAGCAUUGUCUCGAGUCCACGUCUUAUGGUCACACUGUCGUGUAACAGCAAUCGUCUCGGUGGCGCCCGGUGGGAACACAUUGGUGACGACGGCGAGAGCACUCAAGGUAUGGUGCACACUCUAGAAGGGCAACGUAGAAAGAAGUAG